AAAAUGAUUGGGAACAAAAGGAUGCUAGAAUUUUCAUUAGUUCAGCGCUAGUUGCGACAGAUCAUCAAGCUGGUUAUGAGGUGGAAGAAUUCGUGACCGAAUUAGGUAAUCCUGAAAGAGGUCUUAACAGGUUGAGGGAUAUUGUAAAUUUUCCCUCGUUGUCAUGUGAUGCGGGACUUAAUCCUAGGAUUUACUCUUUUCAACAUGUUAUAUUGCCUUUAUUGGGAUUGUUGACAAGAACUGCGAUUACCGAAUGUAUUUUGGAGAAAUACAUUCAUGCAAUCUAUAUGGUUGUAUACAACAGUCUAGAUUCAUUCCUGGCAAAUAAUGUAAUAAAAAUGCUGGAGACGUUGGUGCAACGUAAUUCUUUUGCUGAUAAUCAAGUUAGCGCGGAAGAAUUAUUGAGAAGGGAACGAUAUGCAUUUAUUCCGACUUC